GAUGAUGUAUCAAUUGCCUUGCAAGACCUGAACAAAUCAUUUGCAAAAUCAUUCGAUCAAUUAAAAGAAAACCAUACAAAAGAUUAUCAAAAAUUCUACAAUCGUGUCACUUUAGAUUUAGGCAAAACAACCGCACCCGAUUUACCAACAAAUGAACGUUUACUAAGAUACGCAGAUGGAAAAGAAGAUAAAAACCUCGAAAUCCUCUAUUUUAAUUACGGACGUUAUUUGUUGAUAAGCAGUUCGAGAACUUUGGGCGUUCCGGCAAAUUUACAAGGCAUUUGGAAUCCGCAUUUAAACCCUCCCUGGAGUAGUAAUUAUACGAUGAAUAUCAAUCUCGAAGAGAAUUACUGGCUGGCAGAAAACACCAAUCUUUCAGAAAUGCACUUGCCGCUUUUAAGCUUUAUAAAAAAUCUUUCAGUAACAGGAAAAGUUACGGCAAAGACUUUUUAUGGCGUAACUCAAGGCUGGGCUGCUGCGCAUAAUUCAGAUAUUUGGGCAAUGACCAAUCCGGUGGGGCAAUUUGGAAAAGAAGAUCCAAUGUGGGCGUGUUGGCCACUUGCCGGCGCGUGGUUAAGUACACACAUUUGGGAACAUUAUAUUUUUACACAAGACAAGUCAUAUUUAAAAAAUGAAGGCUAUCCGCUAAUUAAAGGCUCUGCCGAAUUUCUUUUAGGAUGGAUGAUAGCCGAUAAAAACGGAAAUCUAAUAACAUCGCCAUCCACUUCACCUGAAAAUCAAUACCUGACACCUGAUGGUUUUGUUGGUGCAACAAUGUAUGGCGGCACGGCAGAUUUGGCCAUGAUCAGAGAAUGUUUUGACAAAACGAUAAAAGCGUCAAAAGUUCUAAAUAUUGACACUGAUUUUAGAGCAAAAUUAGAAACGGCAUUAUCAAAAUUAUAUCCAUACCAAAUUGGUAAAAAAGGAAACUUGCAGGAAUGGUAUUUUGAUUGGGAAGAUAAAGAUCCUAAACACCGUCAUCAAUCGCAAUUGUUCGGACUUUUCCCUGGCGAUCAUAUUACGCCCGAGAAAACGCCUGAUCUGGCAGCAGCAUCAAAAAAGACUUUAGAAAUAAAAGGAGAUGAAACAACGGGUUGGUCAAAAGGCUGGAGAAUCAAUCUUUGGGCAAGACUUUGGGACGGAAACCGCGCUUAUAAAAUAUUUCGCGAAUUAUUGCGUUACGUAGAUCCUGACGGAAAGAAAACCGACAAACCAAGAAGAGGAGGAGGAACAUACCCAAAUUUAUUCGAUGCGCAUCCGCCAUUUCAAAUCGACGGAAACUUUGGAGGAGCCGCAGCUGUUGCCGAAAUGCUGGUUCAGUCAAACGAAAACGAAAUCAGAUUAUUACCAGCUUUACCAGACGCUUGGGAAACCGGAUCAGUAAAAGGAAUUUGUGCCCGAGGAGGAUUUGAAAUCGAAAUGAAUUGGGAAAAUAAAAUUCUAAAAAAAGCUACAAUUUCUUCAAAAACUGGAGGAAAAACAACUUUGAUA